AUGGACGAGGAGUAUGAUGUGAUUGUUCUGGGCACCGGCCUCAAAGAAUGCAUUCUUAGUGGACUUCUCUCUGUUGAUGGGCUCAAAGUGUUACACAUGGACAAAAAUGACUAUUAUGGAGGAGAGUCCAGCUCCCUUAAUUUGAAUCAGCUUUGGAAGCGUUUUAGGGGUGAUGAACAGCCUCCAGAAAAAUUAGGCACAAGCAAGGAGUACAAUGUUGAUAUGAUUCCUAAGUUCAUGAUGGCUAAUGGAGCUCUUGUUCGCGUACUCAUCCAUACUAAUGUUACCAAAUAUCUAAACUUUAAAGCUGUAGAUGGUAGCUUUGUGUACAACAAGGGGAAGAUUUAUAAAGUGCCAGCAACUGAUGUGGAAGCAUUGAAGUCUUCGCUGAUGGGACUCUUUGAGAAACGUAGACUUCGGAAGUUCUUUAUUUUUGUCCAAGACUUUGAGGAGAGUAAUCCAAAAACUCAUGAAGGGAUGGAUUUGAACAAAAUCACAGCAAGGGAACUUAUCUCGAAAUAUGAACUUGAAGAUGAUACAAUUGAUUUUAUUGGUCAUGCCUUGGCACUUCAAAUUGAUGAUGCUUAUUUGGACCAGCCAGCCAUGGCUUUUGUCAAGAGAGUGAAGCUAUAUGCAGAGUCUUUGGCCCGUUUUCAAGCAGGAUCUCCUUACAUCUAUCCUAUGUAUGGACUGGGAGAGUUGCCUCAGGCAUUUGCACGUCUGAGUGCAGUUUAUGGUGGGACGUACAUGCUUAACAAGCCACAGUGUAAGGUAGAGUUUGAUGCAAAUGGAAAAGCUUAUGGUGUGACCUCAGAAGGAGAAACUGCUAAGUGCAAGAAAGUUGUUUGUGAUCCAUCUUAUCUAAGUGAAAAGGUAAAGAAGGUUGGAAAAGUUGCGCGUGCUGUAUGCAUAAUGAGCCACCCCAUUCCGGACACAAAUGAUUCUCACUCAUGUCAGGUCAUUCUGCCACAGAAGCAACUUGGUCGUAAAUCAGAUAUGUAUCUGUUUUGUUGCUCAUAUGCUCACAAUGUUGCUCCAAAUGGGAAAUACAUUGCAUUUGUUGCAACUGAAGCUGAGACAGAUGAUGCACAAGCUGAAUUGAAGCCUGGCGUUGACCUACUUGGACCUGUAGACGAGAUAUUUUAUGAAACUUAUGAUAGAUUUGAACCUACAAACUGCCCUGAUGCUGAUGGUUGUUUCAUAUCCAGCAGCUACGACGGAACAACGCAUUUUGAAUCUACGGUUGUGGAUGUAAUAUCCAUGUACAGCAAAAUAACUGGAAAGGCUCUCGAUCUGUCUGUGGACCUCAGUGCUGCAAGUGCUGCUGAAGAAUGA